AUGGGCGGAAUUCGACGGUUAUUCGUCAACAUCAAUAAUUGCUUUAUCCUUGACGUCACCUUCCGGAUUCCACGUACUCCAAUGAACUUAGCCAUUCGCAUCGUCCCACUCUUUGUGUCACCCCAGCAAUGGUGUGAUCCAGUUUUGCGGUGUGCUAAUCAUACGGAGGCCAGCAAUUCAGAGACUGAUGUUGUCAAGCGUCGCAGCUUUCUAACUGUGUCUUCCCCUGAUACAGUGUACGCUUUCACUGGUCCGAAGUUGCGGGGCGACCAUCUCAAUCUCUGCAUACCGAUAAAUAAGCCACGAUCCACUGCUAGCGGGAUCAAGGUGGAGGACAGUGUGUCAAAUUCAAAGGAGCAGUUGCCUCUGGUGACUAAAAGCAUCGUCUGUCGGCUCCACUGUUUGAACAGCUGUUUUCGGCAGAAGGCCAAAGAACGAAUUGAACUUGUCGUUAGACUGGAGGACCUCACAGGGCCCGAGCCCACCAUUCUUGGAAUGGAUCGUGUGGAGGUGUGCUGCUCUGCGACACAAUCGAGAGAUAUUAAUAGUCCGCUGGACCUCCUGUCCAACAGCCGUAGUAGUGCGGACGGUCAGACGGCAACGUCAGUGGCCUCUCCGAUGUCUGGCUCUAGAAAGAGGAGCUUAGCGCUCACGUCAACCGAUUCAUCCUUCAACUCCCAGGGCGAAUCUGUCUUGUCCAGAAGCGGUAUGGUUGAUGAGCUUAAAGCCCUCGCUACGCGAUCAAAUACCCUUAUCGUUGGAGACUUCAAUGCGCCUAUCAUCAACUGGAACUCCUCCUCAGCCGAUUGUGCUGAAUCGGCAUUCGACCACCAGCUCCUGCAUAUAACUCAAUCCCUGCUUCUCACCCAGCACGUCACAUAUGUUCUGUUAAACCGUACCAUGAUUAAUCCCAAAGUCCUUUACAGUUAUAUAAGACAGAGCACGCGGAACAAGGAUCCUAUCCCCCUACUACGAGCUGUCGAAGGUGCCGAAAUCUCAGAGGACAAGGACAAAGCUGACCACCUCUCUCAGUUCUUCCGGUCCGUCAUGACGACUGAACCCGACUUUUCUCCCCCCACUUAUGACGACGAUGCUAUGCCUUUUCUGGACACAGUCCUCUUCACCGAAGAAAUAAUCAAAACAGAUAAAUGCAACAUCCUUCAAAUCGGCAGGUUUAAAGCAUCCAGCACGAAGGUCUACUCCUUAAACGGUACACCGCUGCAACAAGUUGAGAAUCAGAAGUACUUGGGAGUGUGGAUUACUUCCUCACUCAAACCAACGCUGAACUGUACGAAGGCGGCCAGAUUUAUAUUACAGCUGAUUAGACGAGCCUUUAUGGGGUUUGAAAAACACAGCUUUUCCAAAAUAUUCGGAAGCUUCGUUCGGCUACACUUGGAAUUCGCUAUACAGGCAUGGAGACGUUGGACUGUCAAGGACUGUACCGUCUUAGAGAAGGUACAGAGGCGAGCGACAAAAAUGGUCAAAGGUCCGAGAACACUGCCCUAUGAAAGCAGACUGUCAAACCUCGACCUAUUUCCCCUUUCCUACAGGCAACUUCGAGGGGACCUCAUCCUUACCUCUCGUAUCAUGAAUAACCUGAAUUGUUGCUUCGUCCCCGACGAUUUUUUUAUCCAGGCUAAUACUCCAACUUUGCGCAGGCAUCCCCUUAAAUUACGUCCCGGCAAAGCAAGGAUCGACGGAAGCAAUUUAUCCUUCAGCAACCGAGUAGUUGCAGCGUGGAACGUCCUUCCCGAAGAAGUUGUACACAUUCAUCCUUACCUUCUCUCAAUCGUUGAUUAA